GCCAUAAAUGCAUGUGAAUGGCUCCGAGAGACAGGAUUCCCUCACUAUGCUCAGCUUUUUGAAGAAGGUUCAUUCCCACUGGAUAUCGGCUCUGUGAAGAAGGACUACAGUUUUCUGGAUGAGGACUCUCUGGGGGCUCUGUGCGGGAGGCUAAUGACCUUGAACAAUUAUGCCUUGAUGAAACUGAAGGUCCAUUUUCAGUGCAAACAGGUGAAUCAUGAAUCAGAAGAGGACGAGCAGUGUACCAUCAGUAGCCACUGGGCCUUCCAGUAGGAAAGCAAGCACUAGUCUCUUGUAGGCUCCUCUCAUCUGCUGGCCCCACCCAGUCCCAGCCUGCCAGUGGCCUCAACCUGUAAAAGUGUCCCUACUGAGCUUAGCACUGUCUACCUGUCAGCCAUCACUGUGAGCCUGCCUCCUGAGCCAUUGGACCUGCCUUUGGUAGGCUGUGCCAGAAGUCAAAGUGACCAGCCCUUCCACAUCCCCAAGCAGGAUAAGCAGGGUCUUCAGGAUAAAGCUAAGAAACACAGUUCCAGCUGCUUCCUCAAGCACCUUGAGUCUCUAAGGAAGAAAGAAAAAGGUGGCAGCUGACCAGCAGAGCCUCAGUGUAAGCCAGCCACUUCAGAGAAGGCUGCCAAAGCCUCAUCUUUCCACAGUUGCCAUGACUUCCUCUCAUCUGAAUUCAACAGGCCCAAGAAUCAGAGAGCUACCUCAGCCUGUGGUGGUAGCAUUGAGACUCAGAGAGCCUGACCUGUGGCCACAUUCUGGCAUCCUCAGCAGGUACACUGGAGUGACUGCUUGGUGCAUGUGCCUGGGGACCACAAACCAGGCACAUUCCCUCACUCCUUGUCCACUGACAGCCUAUCUCCUGAGGAUAGACACCGCCUGGCAGAUUGGCAGCCAGGUAGACUCUGGGGUUACAUAGGGUACCGGGGAUCCUGUGACUCAAUAGGCAGCCAUGCCAGCACCUAUGAAAAUUUGCCUGAGCUGUACCCAGGUGAGUCUGUACUGGUUGGGGAUGAAGAUGAAGAGGAAAAUGAUGGCAUCUGCACCCACCUAGAUGAUAUCCUCCAGCAUGUGUGGGGGCUGCAACAGCAGGUAGAACUCUGGUCUCAGGCCAUAUACUCAGACCUAGGGCCUAGCAAGAAGGAAGAAAAAGAAGAUGAGGAAGAAAAGGAAGAAGCUACUUCAUCAGUGGAAAUAGCCACAGAUAAGGUUGAAGACCAGGCUGAGGCUUUGGCUCAGGCACAGGUUCAAGCCCACAGAGUGUUCCCAGCCCAGGUCAAGGCCAACAUCCAGAUGGUAGUCCCAGAUCAGGCCUCAGCCAAGACUGAGACUCUGGCACAAGCAGAGGACAAGGCUCAGACCCCAGCCCAAGACAAUGAGCGGGAGAUAAAUACAGGCAGGGAAUCCACUUCUGCCUCUAACCUGUCUUUGAAAGUAGGAAACUCCAUUUCUGACACUGUGGCUGCCUCCAGUGAACUUGACAAUUGCCGUAACUCCAUGAAUGAGGCUGAGGUAACAGGAUCUACAGCUGGGCUCCAGGCAUCAGUGCCUCAUGAACAGCGUGAUUCAGGAGUUGGGGCCUCACUUACGAGACCGUGCAGGAAGCUUCAUUGGUACAGUUUCCAGAACUCCCACCAUCCAAGCCUUAACUCAGAGUCACUGGAGAUCAACCGCCAGUUCGCAGGGCAGAUCACUCUCCUGCACAAGGGCUCACUGCUGCGGCUUACCGCCUUCAUGGAGAAGUACACUGUGCCUCACAAGCAGGGCUGGGUCUGGUCAGUGCCCAAGUUCAUGAAAAGGAAUAAGACCUCAGACUACAGGGGCCAACACAUGUUUGGAGUGCCACCCCUCAUCCACAUGCAGCGUACAGGUCAGCCAUUGCCACAGAGCAUCCAACAAGCCAUGCGCUAUUUGUGCAAUCAGUGCCUGGACCAGGUGGGCAUCUUCCGCAAGUCUGGAGUGAAGUCCAGGAUCCAGAACCUGCGUCAAAUGAACGAGCCAUCCCCAGACAAUGUCUGCUAUGAGGGUCAGUCAGCCUAUGAUGUGACUGACCUGCUGAAGCAGUAUUUCCAGGACCUGCCUGAGCCCACCUUCACUAGCAAGCUCACCACCACUUUCCUUCAGAUCUAUCAAC